CUUUUCUUGCUGUUCGGGUUGCGCGUUGCUAGGUUCGUCGUCGUCGUCGUCGCACCUCUCCUUGAACCCCCAGGGUCUCCCGCCUCCCCCCCUCCAAUAACGACGUCGGUCGCUCGCCCCGGAUCUACCGGAGAAAUAUUCGUUACCAUCAUCGUUUUUAAUUUUCCUUGCGCGACAUACUUCAAAUCGACACGUCGUUUUGCUUCUAUUAGCGCUCACUCGCAUUUUAAGUUAUACGAUCACUGUCAUCAUGUCCGACAGCGCGGGCAAUAAGGGCGAGACGGCGGUCACCCCGUUGGCUCCUCACAGCGAUACCGCCCAACCACAUGCUGUUCCCGGUCUAUCGUCGGAGUCCACAGAGGCCUUGAAUACCACUUCUCGCCUGGAUAGUACGGGUGAUGAGACUCAAGAGCCCAGUUUGACGGACGCCAAAUCAGCCGACCUCGCCGAAGUCCCCGCACCAACACGUGCCUCGCAGCACGACCCCAGCGAUGUUCCGACCGCCAGCGCAUCGGCUGGCGAUCAUGAGGAGACGAAAGCUUCGGUAGCUGCUGGCGAUGCUCCGCCUCAGGAUGUAAAGGAAGAAGAAGACUCAGGACCACACCUCGUCAUCACUUUGUUGUUGAUCACUGGCUCGCGACACCCUUUCAAGAUUGAUGCCGCUUAUCUCAAGAAGCAAUCGGUGAAUGUCGAAAACCAUGAUCCGUUCGCCAUGAGCGUAUAUACAUUGAAGGAACUGAUCUGGAGGGAAUGGCGACAAGACUGGGAACCACGGCCGUCUUCGCCUAGUUCGAUUCGACUGAUAUCCUUCGGGAAGCUCCUGGAUGAUAAGUCUCCAUUAUCAGACUGCCGGUUCAACCGAGAUGCUCCUAACGUGGUGCACAUGACCGUCAAGCCCCAGGAACUCGUGGACGAAGAAGAUGCCAAGGGGACCAAGGCCCAGUACACCCGUGAGCGGGAGGCCAGCGAGCGUAGCCCUGGCUGCCGUUGCAUUAUCCAAUGAACACGACUUGUCGAUGUGCUACUUAAGCAGUGUAUUGGGACAGGGAAACACUAUCAGUUAGGGCUAUGUGUCCUGAACUCCUUGAUAUCCUCUUAUUCGGUCGUCUGCGAAGCCGCAUCUUCUAUCGCUUGCCCGUCGAUUAUCUGGCUUCUUGGUUAUGAGCCCGUUUCCGGGAUGAAUUCGUUCCAGGGUCGUCCCUUUACUCCGCCUUGAUUGCAGGCGGCACCUCGGGUUGAUCACCUGA